AUGUGCUAUGAGAACCCACAACGCAGGGAAACAGAAUGUAGGAUGCAGUUAAUGAACAGCUCAGAACACAAGAUCAAUAAUAAUGGUCACAGAGACCAGAGUGAAGAGCUGCUUUCAAAAAGGGCAGUUCACCGGCUGCACAUCUAUCAUCAAAUAGAAAUUUCCGUCAACGUGCAGCUCUGCAGGGAUCCGUCUAGCCUUGGAGGAAGAUCGUUAGCUUUUGGGGAGUCUUUCUUAACAAAAGAAGCCAAGAGCUGCUGCCUGUUCGCGCGAGAGUUUGAAGGGGCGUGCUCAGGGGCAGUCUCCAGUGGGGGCUCGCGGGGCACCGCAGGUUCCCGCCCCGGUGCCCAGUUACGUGCCCACAGCUGGACCAGGCGCUCCCUGGCCACCCUGAACCUGGCGGUUGCAGGCGCGAUCUGGAGUAGCCGGGACAGCCUCGCUCUUCCCAGCCAGCUGCUGCAGUUGGGAGCCAACAAAGUGAGAGUCCUGCUGCUUUCCAGGGCCUGGGCCAGGACGGCGGCCGCGGGAGCAGAGGUGGGACAGAAGUGGAGCGACCCCAUUACGCUAAAGAUGAAAGGCUGGGGUUGGCUGGCUCUAUUUUUGGGGAUCCUGCUUGGAACGGCCUGGGCUCAAAGGAGCCAGGAUCUACACUGUGGAGGUAAAGGCACAAAGACAAGAAGUGGGAGGAAGCCAACACUUGGGGGGUGUUAG